UGCUGAACACCGAGUCAGUUGUGUUUGAUCCGAGGCCUCGUGCAGUCGGACAAUCAAAAACCGCGCUCGCACACGCAUCGCGUUGAUUGUUUAUCGUUGGAUCCCGGCGAAGAUAACAAGGAUACGCAUUAGAUUCGGACACUUUUUUAUAUAUUAUAUAAUUAUUGAUUUGUGUGGAUAUGUGUGUGUUGAGAUGAAAUUUGACUGAAAUUCACAUCGAAAUUGUUGACAUCGAAUUUUUUGAAAGUUUGCAAAGUUUUUGUAUGGAUAUUGAUGGAUUAUUUAUAUGCGUAUUGAGAUUUUGAAUGAUAUGGAUAUUCCACUAUUACUUCAUCCACCAACAGAAAUUAUUAUUACCCAAUUCCACAACGAUAAAUAAACAUCGAUAUUUUCACGGAAAUCAUUCAAAAAACGAAUUUAUUUGCAAGUGGAACUAAAAUAAAGAAUUAAGAAAAAGGAUCAUUCAAUGACUGGUGGCGAUCGUCAUGGCUACGCUUCAACAUGCGAGCCCGUGGCAAGACGCCGCCGCCGCUUCGCCGUCACCGACGCCGCCGGCGGCGUGCGCCUGCCGGAAGCCACGCGCGCCCAAAAUCGGCGAAAUACCAAGACACACCGCAGUAGAAGUAGAAUUGAAACCAAAAGAAACGGAUUUGCAGCCACAAGCACUCAAGGUGACCUCCAUCAAGCUCCCGGACAUCACCACGCCGCCAUCUUGUAUCAAAAUGGGGCUCACAGAUGACGAUGACGUUACCCGUGCACCUGCCGCUGUGAUAAACGAACCAAAACAAACAGAAACAAAAAUAACAACAGAAAAAGUGCCUUCGGAAGCGAAUAACAACAUUACUACGACUACUAUCACCACAAGUGAGAAUGAGGAUGUAGGUGUGGGUGAUGAGGUGAAACCACCGCGGUUAAGGGUGCAACCUCGAUUAGGGCUGUUGACGCAAUCGAAAAGUUUGGCGGUGGCUGAUAGCCCGCCGAGUGGUAAUGGGAGUGGUGGUGGAGGCGCCGGGAAUGGGUCAAGGCCGAUAUUUCCGAAUUGUCCGUUUUCCCCGUAUGGAAGUCCCACAGGAUCACCAAGGAGUAGUAGGAAGAGGCAACCUUUGAGAGAGUCAAGGCGUGUUUCUAUUGAGAGAAGUGGGAUGUAUUUGCAGUUGAAUCAAUAUAAACUUAAGGAUUCUAUUGGACAGGGUUCAUACGGCAUCGUCAAGCUAGCGUACAACGAGGAGGACGAUACGCAUUACGCAAUGAAAAUUCUUUCCAAGAAAAAGCUCCUGAAAAAGGCCGGAAUGUUCGGCCGCAUGCCGCCGAAAAAGGAAGGCCGUAAAGCGGACGCCACCUCACCCCUGCAGCGGGUGUACACCGAAAUAGCGGUGCUCAAGAAGCUGGAUCACCCGAACGUCGUAAAACUGGUCGAGGUGCUCGACGAUCCGGUCGAGGAUCACUUGUAUCUGGUCUUCGAGCUGCUCGAGCGUGGACAGGUGUUGGACGUGCCCACGGACAAACCGCUCAGCGAGGAUGACGCCUGGGCAUACUUCAGGGAUGUCGUGUUGGGGAUUGAAUAUUUGCAUUAUCAGCGAAUUAUCCAUCGUGAUAUCAAACCGGCUAAUCUUCUCCUCAGUGAAAUAGGCCGCAUCCAAAUUGCUGAUUUAGGCGUGUGUAACGAAUUCGACGGAACAGACGCCUUCCUUAGUUCGACAGCCGGAACUCCUGCUUUCAUUGCACCGGAAGCAGUUGGGGAUCAACGUGCUGGCUUCAGUGGAAAAGCAGCUGAUAUCUGGUCAAUGGGCAUAACCCUCUUCGCAUUUGUCUAUGGACAUGUCCCUUUCUAUGACGAGAACAUAGUUGGGUUAUAUUCCAAAAUCCGCCAUCAGCCAGUCGAAUUCCCGCCACUUCCAACCGUUUCUGAGAGUUUAAAGGAUUUGAUACGAAAAAUGUUGGUGAAGGAUCCAAAUAAGAGGAUAACUUUAAGUGAAAUUAAGAUGGAUCCAUGGGUGACUAAAGAUGGCGCAUCUCCUCUGCCAAGCGAAGAGGACAAUUGUCAUCUUGUGGAGGUCACUGACGAAGACGUCGCACGAGUUAUCACUUCCAUUCCCAAGCUGGAUACGUUGAUACUUAUCAAACAUAUGCUCAAGAAACAUUCCUUCCAGAAUCCAUUCAGUAGAAGAUCCGACACUCACCGCCCCUCUGACCCAGAAGCCCGUCGUGUCAACCUCACCCAACGCCACAACCUCGCCACCGCCGGGCGCUCCAACUCCGCACCGGAGGCGUGCGACUGGGGUAAGCAGCUCUCCCUGGAAGCCUACGACAGCUGCCUGGAGGCCGUCACCGAAGAACAAUCCAAACUGUUACAGCAAAUACAAACCGAGCGCAUUGAACUCACGCAAAAGAUUGAACAAAUCAAUGCGGACAGCUGCGAAAAAUCGGAAAAAUCUAAAAAUUUAGAGAGUUUAGAAAGUUUAGAGAACAUAGAUUCAAAAAACCAAAUCAUAUCAAUCGAUAAAGACGUCGUACUCAAUCAAACCGGCAAGAUCAAGCGAUGAUCUACGUUUAGAGAAUUAGCUAGCAAAUUAAUUAAUUAAAUUUAAUUUAAUUUUGGUUGUGAUGUUGCUUUUUUCUUUUUUUUUUCUUUGUUUUUGUGUGUUUUUUUGCUUAAAUUAAAAUUAAAAAUUUAAAAUAUUAUUUUAAAUAAAUUUAAGUUAUAUUUUUGUGUGGUUUGAAGAUAUCGUAAUAAAAUUUGUUUUUUCGCAAAAUUUUAAUUUUUUUUUUUCAAUUUUUUUGCAAAAUUUUUCAUUUUUUUGCUUUUUUUUUUUCAAAUUUUGAUUUAAUUUACUUAUAAAUGCGGGACCAUCCAAUAGUACGCAGAAUAAACAAAUUAGUCAUAUCAAUAUUUAUAAAAUUAAUUUUUUCUUCAAAUUUUUUCUCAAAAAAAAUUUUUUUUUUUAAUUUUUUCGAUUUUUUCGAAAAAACUUCAAACUCUUAAAAUUAUUAAAAAUUUAGAUGUUUAUGCACUUCUUACGGCACUUAUGAAAAUAUCUUCCACUAGCACACUGCACGCAUUCGCAAAUAUUUCAAAAUAAAAAUUUUUCGAAAAAAACUUAAAAUUUAAAAAUCUCGACUUUUAGCCUUAAAAAUACUUCAAAUAAAAUAGUACAGAUAAAAUACUUCUAAAAUUCUUAUCAAAACACACGUAACAAUCAAUUUACCAACAAAAAUUUAAAAAAUUAAAAAAUUAAAUAUUAAAAAUUUUGAAAUUUUGCUCGCUAGACUAGAUUCUUAGCUUUUCUACCCGUUUCUAAUCUACAAUAUUCUCUAAUUAAACAUUUUAAUGCAUUGUUCGAUAAAUUAGUCGAUAUAUUCUAAAAAUGCUCAAAUAUUGAUCCAAAGAUUGUACAAAUAUAUUGAUGAUGAUAAAUAUAUUCAAUCGUU